AUGGAAACACUACUUUUAAGAAAUUCCAAUACACAGGUCAUGAUAUGGAGAAAAGAUCACAGCGAAGGAGCUGGACACGGAGAGAUGGCAGAAUGUAGUGAAAAAAGACGCGGAAGUUUAGUAGAAGGAGAUUUAGACGGGAAGAUUCAUAAGCAGCGAAUAAGGAAAACUGUAAGCGAGAUUAUAAGACGAGAUUGUCCUAUAGAGGCUGAUUACUUCCUAAGAAAAAUAUUUAAAAUCAGUUUAAUCAAAAAUAUAAAAUCUGAAAAUUUCGAAAUAUAA